AGCCAUCCCACUAACACCCACAUUACACCGUUUGGCCUGCUCAAGCAAGUCGCUCUGAGCAGUUAGAAUAUUCAGUUUAAGUCCCAUUUGGCUAAGCGGUCACCUCAGAACUUCAUCAACCACAUCAAGAUUCUCCCACUCCCAGCUCAUCCAAUACAUCUAUGGAUCCUGACGCGUCUGGCGGCUGGCGAUUUGCACAAUGUUUUGGAGACAAGGGAGAGGUAGAAGACAUCACAGAAGCCGACAUCAUCUCCACUGUCGAAUUCGACUCGACAGGUAACUAUCUCGCAACAGGCGACAAGGGUGGGCGGGUAGUGCUGUUCGAGCGAAAUGACAUGAAAAAAGGAUGCGAGUACAAGUUCUACACCGAGUUCCAGUCACAUGAACCAGAAUUCGACUACCUCAAGUCGCUGGAAAUCGAGGAGAAGAUCAACAAGAUCAGAUGGUGCAAACGCCAGAAUUCUGCCCACUUUUUGCUUUCAACCAACGACAAAACCAUCAAGCUUUGGAAAGUCUUCGAGAAGUCGUUGCGGGUAGUAUCAGAAUCGAACUUGACAGAUGGCCAGCGGUCGCUACCACCACCAUCGUUGAAACAGCAUCUGCGGUUACCCCGUAUGGCGCAUCAAGACAACAUCAUCGCUGCCGUUCCCCGCAAAGUAUACUCCAAUGCACACGCCUACCACAUCCAUUCCAUUGCUGUCAAUUCCGACCAGGAAACAUAUGUAUCGGCAGAUGACCUGAGAAUAAACCUCUGGAAUUUGAAUAUUUCUGACCGGAGCUUUAAUAUCGUGGACAUCAAACCCGUCAAUAUGGAGGAGUUGACGGAGGUCAUUACUGCCGCCGAGUUUCAUCCAACACAAUGCAAUGUGUUCAUGUAUUCCAGCUCGAAAAGCAACAUCAAGCUUGCGGACAUGCGUGACUCCGCACUCUGCGACCGCCACGCCAAGCUGUUUGAGGAGGAGGAGGAUCCCGCAAACCGGUCAUUCUUCUCGGAGAUCAUCUCAUCCAUCUCGGAUGUCAAGUUCAGUCGGGAUGGUCGGUAUAUCCUUUCGCGAGACUAUCUCAAUCUGAAAAUUUGGGAUGUCAACAUGGAGUCACGACCGGUGAAGACCAUCCCGAUCCACGACCAUCUUCGGGGGAAACUCUGCGAUCUAUACGAGAAUGAUUGCAUCUUUGACAAGUUUGAGUGUACGUGGAGUGGGGAUGAUAAACACGUCCUGACGGGCUCCUACCACAACUACCUGCGUAUAUUCGACGUGGAGACAUUAAACGACGUUGUACUCCAGGCGGAUAAAUCCGCGUUCAAGGCGAAGAAGAUUGGUGGGCCGCUACCGGGAAAUAACAAGCUAGGGCAGAAGAAUGGCAUGCGUCCAGGGUUGAAGGAUGCAAUGCAGUUGGAGACGCUUGAUUUCAACAAGAAGAUUCUACACGCAAGCUGGCACCCACGGGAGAAUACAAUUGCAAUCGCGGCAACGAACAACUUGUUCUUGUACAGUGCGGCAUGAUUGCUUUCAGGGCUGCCCGCCAUCUGUCCUCCAUAUAUCACACUCCUUCGGCCUCUUCACUCAAUGUACUCCACGCAUCGCAGGACGACAACACCUGCGUCUCAUCUUAUAUAUUACCAUUCGCCGUUCGUGUCAUGAUCAACUUCAGCAGGGGCGAUCGCUACUGCGUGCAACCGGGUGACGACUAGAGUUCAAGACGGGAAAUCGGGACAUUUAUGGAGGAAGGCGUUACAGACCGAACGCUUGCUGUUUCUUGUGUUAUGUUUUCUUUUUUGGCAUUCUUUCAUCCUUUCCCUCGCUUCGAUACUGCACAGCCUUGCUAUUAUUUCUCAAUCGACAGCCUUGUUCAUGAUUUAUAUAUCGAUCCCCACCCUUUCACACCUUCUUUCCUGCAUGCUGUUCAUCUUUUUUGUCGUCCUUACGCCUCUCCUCUCUGUCGUUCCCAUUCUCGUCUCGUUCUUCGUCGUGGCCCGUUGUUCCUACUCUCGGUCGCCCACUCUCUCGUUGCCGCCAUAUACGUACUCAUCCAUCCUUACCCAACCUUCCUUAGGACUUGUCAAGCACGCAGAAGAGAAAAGAGAAGAGAGCACGUAGAGGAUAUACAUUCUGUGCAACGUCUGCGGCGGUGCACAGGGAGAAGUAAUGAAAUAAAUGGGUUUUGUAUUAU